AUGGAUAUCAAGACCCCAUGGUUGUUGCUUGGCCUCUGUCUGACAGUGGAUUUAUCAUACGUGUCACUUGUGUCAAAGACAGAGUUAGGCCUGCUCGCUGAAGAAGAUGACCCAAAAUGUUUCACCAGGACUGGGGAGGACUUUACCUGCUUCUGGGAGGCUGAAGUGGGAAAAUCCUACGAUUUCUUCUACAGAACUGAAGAUGAAGAGAGACAGUGUAAUCUGACCCAACAGGAGGGUAGCGAGAGAGGGACAGUCCUUCAUGUUUGCUCCUUCCAUCCAGAGAGCAUCUUUCUCUAUGUCCCUACACACAUCAGUGUGGUGGACACACGCAAUAAUGAGACUGCCUACAAACGCAGCGUGAACGUGGAAGACCAUUUGCUGCUGCACCCUCCUAAAGAUGUGAGGCUGAGUAAAGUGACUGGAAACGUGGGUCAACUGGAGGUCAGCUGGCACAACCCGAAAUUUCAGAGCAAAGUGUCCAACCACAUGCUCCAAUACGAGAUUCGUUAUUCCUCCAUGGGCUUACCGUACACCACCAUCCUGCUACCUAAGAGUCAGUCUGUCAAACGCAGUCUGCUCUAUAACCUGAAGCCCCUCGGCCCGGGGAAAGUCUGUACCGUACAGAUGAGAAUGAAGCCAACCUACAGUUUUGACGGGCCCUGGAGUGACUGGUCACCUUCCACUACAGCCAUGGUGCCCCAGUCUGCAGAUGAUAUCAGACUGCAGUGUUACACUCCUGAUUUGCAGCACAUGCAAUGCAGUUGGAAUGAGAAACUCUACGCCGAUGAAGAGUACACACUUAAGUACAGACAAACAGACGGGUUUAGCAACAGGUGGAGCCAGUGGGAGACAUGUCCCGAUGUGAACGGGACAGCCGGUCAGUGUGUCCUCCUAGGAGAGGAGUCCAGUGUCUUUUCGGUUUAUGUCAGCACCGGUCCAGGUCUGCUCGACCGAGUAUUCUACAUGGAUCCAUUCAGCAUGAACGAGAGCAUAAAAACAGAGCCUCCAGGCGGGCUGAUGGAGGAGACAGAAGGAGGCAGGUUCUGUCUGAGUUGGGACCCACCCUUGCAGCUCAUCUCCCAGCACCUCGUGUACCAGGUCCGAUACCAGCUCUGGGGAGAGGCAGAGUGGAAGCAUUUUACAGUACCAAACCCCAAGACCAACACAUGUCUGGACGUUCAGAUGAGCAGUCGAUACUCCGUUCAGGUAAAAGCUGUGCCCAGUGGCUCUGUCUACGCUGGGCACUGGAGUGACUGGUCAGACUCGCUCAUCGUAGAUCUGCCCUCAAACACAGGUUUGCUGUUCCUGGCAUGCAUCCCUUUCACACUGCUCAUUCUGCUGAUCGUGUUCUUCUCCCUGUUCUCCAAAUAUUUCAGUAAGCUGAAGCGCUAUCUGUGGCCUCCUGUCCCAAACCUUAAUGACGUGCUGGAGAGUUUCCUGAAAGACAUCAGUGGACAACAUGGGGACCACAGUUUCAACAUCAAACAGUGUGAUGAUGACAGUCCUCCUUCAAUUUUGGAGAUCUUGUCUGAGCGAGGAGUCCAGGCAGUGGGGAAACCGUUCCUUAUCCAGUCCUCAGAGACGGGCUCCCCGGCUGGGGAAAAUGAUGGACGGGGUCCUCUUGAGGCUGUGGAGAUGGGCCAGGGCUACGUGACCCUGAACACAACUGACGUGGUCUCCUGUCUGGGAGGGAACGAGUACGUGUAUGGGGAGGUGGUCGCGUCCAGUCAGGGGGAGCACAGAACCUGCCGAUGCUCCUGCCCGAGACCCGCUGUGUGCCCCGUGUCCUCCACCAACAUUUUAAACUGCUCUUACCUCCUGUUGGCAGAGUCGGAUGUCAGUGCCGUUAACGGUCGCUAUGCCAACCUGGAGAACGCAACCACAGCCAGCGCCUGA